UCCAGCGGGCAACGAACGGCACGACGGCCAGAGCGCACCAGUACCAGCAGCAGCAGCAGAGAAGCUAGGAUCAGCAGUUUCGGUGGACGUGAUUGUUUACCGUUUUUUUUAGCCGUCGUGAACGGGCAGUUCGCUGCAGAGUGCUCUGUAUGUAAGCGUAUGUAACACGAUUCAGAGCAGGGCAUUUACCCAGUGGUCGUCGUCGUGUAGUGCCUCCGCGUUUCCGCAAUGGACAAAGAGCACGAAGUUUUGCUCAACGCGUUUGUGAUAGCCAAGAAGCGGUAUCGUGUGUUCUACAAUGCGGGGAUUCUGGUGUGGGAAGAUGAAUCCUCCAAGAAAGCUAAAACCACCGUACCGAUAACGGAUGUGCUGUCGGUGUCGGUCUCGAAACUGCCCCACGCCAAUGGCAAACAAUGGAUGAAACGGAGCAAAGCAGCAGCAGCAGCAGCACCGCCGCCACCACACCCGCCGGCAGCAGCAAUCGUGCGAAACGAGGCCCACGGCAGUCUGGACAGCGAUCGUAUUCCAGUGCUGUCGGGCUCAACCACAACCAACACGCUCGCGACGACCAGCAGCAACAUUCCCCACAAUCACAGCAACCGAGGCAGUCUAAACGAUUUAUCCGAUGAUGAUCGCCGAGAAGCCAGCGACUACUUGGAUGCGGGCACGAUUCAGGCGGCUGAUUUUAAAUACUUGAUCCUUCAUUACGCUGCGCUGGUCUGCCAGAAAACGAACCGUUGGCGUGUGCGAGCCGUUGCCCUGCACAACAGCGAGCCCCGUCUCGUGGAGCUCUGGUACAACCGGCUGUCGUCCGACUUAAGAGAUCAAAAUCGGCCCAAACAUUUGCUGCUCUUUCUCAACCCGUACGGCGGCAAGAAGAACGCGCUGGCACUGUACGAACGGUACGCGAAGCCACUGUUCCGGUUGGCCGGGGUCGACAUUAAUCUAAUUAUAACGCAGCGCGCCCAGCAAAUCUAUGACAUCGUCACCUCCAAAAGCAUCCUGCUGGACAAUUACGACGGGCUGGUGUGCUGCGGUGGCGAUGGCACGUUUGCCGAGCUGUUCAAUGGUUUGGUGACGCGCACGAUGAUGGACUGCGGAAUUGACAUUAAGCAUCCAGCCUACCUACCGAAACCAAACAUUCCGAUCGGCGUCAUUCCUGCCGGCAGUACCGAUACGGUGGCCUGCUGUCUGAACGGUACCACCGACAUUAAGACUUGCAUUAUACACAUCAUACUGGGACAGCACAGCGGACUGGACAUAUCGGCCGUGUACAGUGCGGACGCAGCUGCCAAGUGCGACGAAGGAGCGUCACCGGCCGGUACGGGCAGGCCGCGACCCCAGCUGCUAAAGCUGUUCGCAAGCGCUCUCUCGUACGGCUACCUGGGCGACAUUGCUUACGAUAGCGAAAAGUAUCGCUGGAUGGGACCGAAGCGUUACGAUUACUCUGGCUUUAAGAAAUUUCUCGCCAAUCGAGGUUACAAUGCCGAAAUUGUAGUGCAUCUCGAUCGGCGCGGCAAGCAAGACCCAAACGAUGGGGUCCGCUGUCUCGACAAGUGUGCCCGCUGCAGGAAGGCCAAGUACGGGCGCGACUGCGGCGGGGAGCGUGCCAGCUACGAGGACGACGACACGGAACCGUUGGUCGUGCGGGGCAAGUUUCUGAUGGUGAGCGGUGCCAACAUAUCCUGCUCGUGCGAGCGCAGUCCGCAGGGCUUUUCGCCCUACUGCCAUCUCGGGGAUGGUUUGCUGGAUUUGGUGCUGGUGCGCCACACGUCCAUGUUUAACAACCUACGGCUGCUGCUAACAAUGACAUCGAAAACGAAGAAACUUAGUGAACUACCAUUUGUGGAAAUCUAUCGUACGAAGGAGUUCCGGUUCACUGCGAAUGGGCAGAGCGAAACGAACGGGGGCGAAAAUGCACCGGCAAUAUCGUCCGAAAUGAUGCGCCGUUCUAAGUGGAACUGUGAUGGAGAAGUGCUGCUCGAUACGAACAUUAUCGUUGAGUCCAAUUGCCAGUUAAUACAAGUUUUUAGGAGAGGAAUAUUACCUGCCGGCACGGCCGGCAAUGGUGGAAUCGACCAGCGGGCAGCAGCGACCAAUCCAGCAGACGAUAAGGAAUCGUGCUGUUUCGGUCUGUGUAACUAGUACUGUGUCCUUCUUGGUGUUGGUCAGUAUUUUAUCCCCUGUCUUAUCAGUUAUUUAAUACCCCUCCCUAUUAGUCUAUCGUGGCUGCAUUAGGGGUUGUUCGGUUACCGAACAGGCUAUCAAGUCGUUCGUUUACUGGCAAAUUUAUUCUUACGUAUUGCUUCCUUAGUUCCUUUAUACUUCUAUCGACCUUUAUCGUAAACGAUAAACUGUGAUCAUAUCUUUAUUAUUUUGCUAAUAAUCCUAAUACCCACUGCUGGUGCUGCUACAGCAUCGUUUACUAACACGGCGAUAAUGGAGGCGAAAACACUCGCCCCCCUCAAAAAGGGAAGCCCUUUUUGCUGCUGUUGCGCGAAACAUUUAUACGAACAAAGUAUGUUAAGGUAAUUGGUUAGGAUAGGCGUGCUUUAGGUUUAGCAUCAUCUAGUUUAGCAUUUUGCCGAGAUUCUUACCUUUUUUUUUCUUCAACGUGUAAGCAAUUUUAGACUAUUGUGCAACUGACAAUAUCAUUGUGAAAAAAGUGAAGGUAAAGUAGGCGUUUUUAGCAAUGAAGUGAGCUUCAACAUCGCACCAUGUACUGUACGAAUUUGUAUUUGCUCAACUCGAACGGAACCCAACCACACGAAAUUGUGUGAAUAUAGUAGUUGAAUGGCGAGAGCUUACGUGGGUACUCAGUUCAUUGGGCAUUUGGAAAAUAUUUGACUUCACGGCGAGCUAGCAAUGGCCAGCGGGUGAUUGUAAAACUCAAAUUAAUGAUUAAAUUUACUAACACGUUCGAGAUGAAGAUGCAAAAAUAGGAACACUCAUCGCUCAAAUGCUCUAUUCUGCAAUGCAUUCGAAGAUUAAUUUGUAUUUGAAGUAUUAAGUAUUGGAAAAAGAGCCCACAUUGCUGGGCCAUUCUAGCAGACACAACUACCAAGUUCCUUUCGGUAGUUUGAUAAGAAAGUAGAGAUUGUUUAGUAUUGUGGAUUAUUGAUCCUAUCGUAGCAAGAAAGCAAUAUAGAGUGCCAGCUCCAGCUCCCACAGUCACCGUUUAAUGGCGUAAUCAGCAACAAAAAAAAAGUGCACUCCUUUUCCGAGUACCAUUGAUAACAAAGUAAUUAUUUCAGUUUCUUAGCAAACGGAAGCAUUCCAACUAUUUUUGGGCGCAACAAGUGUGUAUGUGUAAGCGAUUACUUUCUAAUAUGUGAUCUUUCUUCCUUCCAUCCAUCACGUGUAUCGAUCAAACGUGAGACAAGCAAUAGACGCAAUACCGAUAUAAGCUGAUAAACAACUAAUUAGUAAUUAGAUGCAGGCAGAGAGAGAGAGGUGCCGGGAUGGAUUCUUAAUACUAGGGGGAAACAUAAUCUUCAAAGAACAAAAACAUGUGAUUAAUUUGGAUUGGGGAGGUUAAAAGUUAUUGAGGAAUAAUGCGGACAGCAAGCCCUUAUUCCUUACAUUUGCUGCAAGUAGGAGCACGUGUAAAGCUGCCUUAGAUCGAGCGGGAGAAUUGAAUUGAACGCGUGUACGUGUAAAAGAUUGAAACAGGAACAAAACUGCUCAAGACUAAUAAAUUCUUUUUUUUCCUACAUUCGGCAUAUACUGUAA